CUCCACCUCUGCUCCUGCUCCCCUUUCCCCUUCAGCCUCCUCCUCCCCCACCACCAAAGCAAGAUGACCGGUACUUCGCGGCCGGCCUCCCCCAUCCCCGACGAGCAGCAGGGCAAUGCCUCGGACGCCAGCCAGGAGGAGCAGGAUGACAACCAGCCCAUCUACCUGUACCAGAACCCCGGCGAGGUGGAGGAGGCCUCCGUGAUCGAGAGCCUCUGCAUGUCCUGCCACGAGAAGGGCGAGACCCGUCUGCUCAUGAUCCGCAUUCCGCACUUCCGCGAGGUGGUUCUCAUGUCCUUCACCUGCCCCCACUGCCACUUCCGCAACUCGCAGCUGAUGAGCACCCGCGAGAUGGGCGAGCGUGGUGUUCGCAUCUCCUGCAAGAUCGACGAGCCCCGGGAUCUGACUCGCCAGGUUGUUUACUCGGAGUUCGCCACCAUCUCCAUCCCCGAGCUGGACCUGGAGAUCCCGCCCAACUCCGAGAACGGCGCGCUCGACACGGCCGAGGGCGUCCUCAUGCAGGUUCUCGACAAGCUCGAGCUCUACCAGCCCGACCGUCUGGAGGCCGACCCGGAGGCGCAUGCCCAGAUUGCUGCCUUCAUUGCGCGCGGCCGGAAGAUCCUGGCCCUGGAGGAGUAUACCAACGCCGAGGGCGAGGCCGUCACCGGCUACACCAUCACCAUUGAUGACCCUUCGGGCAACAGCUACAUCGAGAACUUCUUCUUCCCCGCCACCGACCCGAAGAUCGCCCAGCGCACCUACAUUCGCACGUCCGAGCAGAACAAGACUCUCGGCAUCAACGAUGCCCCGGAUGUCUACCUCAAUGAGGCUCCUGAGGAGCUGAUGACCUUCUCUUCCAACUGCAACAGCUGCGGUGCUCUGGCCCGCACGGUCAUGCAGAUGGUCAAUGUUCCCCAUUUCAAGGAGGUCAUCAUUAUGGCCACCAACUGCGACGCUUGCGGCUUCAAGAGCAAUGAGGUGAAGUCCGGCGGUGCCAUCUCCGAGACCGGGCGUCGGAUUACCCUCGAGGUCACCGAUGCCGAGGACCUCUCGCGCGAUGUGCUCAAGUCCGCCUCGGCUUCCAUCCGCAUCCCGGAGAUUGGCCUCGAUGCCGGUGCCGGUACUCUCGGCGGGCGCUUCACCACCCUCGAGGGCAUCCUCCUGCAGAUCCAUGACGAGCUCAAGUCCAACCCCUUCCUGGCCGGUGACUCGUUCCAGUCGGCGUCCGGCCGGAGCGGUGGUGCCGCCGGUGGCGACUCCCUGGCUCCCCUGCCCGAUGAGGUGGAGAAGUUCCUGGCCAGCAUCCGCAGCAUGAUCGCCGGCGAGAUCAUCCCCUUCACCUUCAUCCUGGAUGACCCGCUCGGUGCCUCGCACCUGCAGAACAUCUAUGCCCCGGAUGCCGACCCGCACAUGCACUUCGAGACCUACGAGCGCACCUGGGAGCAGAACGAGGAGUGGGGCCUCAACGACAUGAACACCGAGGAGGGCACCGUCGAUGCCACCGAGGGCCAGGAGGAGAAGCCCGAGGAGGAGUCCACCGAGUCCUCUGCCAACGAGGCUGCUGCCCCGGCCAACGACGAGUAAAGAGGGCCUGCGCCCGCAUUCGUGCCCCUUCAUCCAUCCGCUGUCGAUAUAUAUAUAUAUAUAUCUCUCCUGCUCGUCUUUUCUCCCGUCCCAUCGACUCUACCUCCUCCGUCGGGACGACUUCCCCUUCAACCUUUUCUUCAAUGUCUGAAGUGCGAGGAUGCCAAGUAGAAGGAAGACAGGCAGCUCCGCUCUCGGCGUGUGUUCUUUCUCUUCUUCCAUACGUCUGACGCGCGCAGAGGGGAGAGAGGAGCCUUGGACAGAUGUUUUUGCCGGACAGACGUAGCGUGCCAUGCACAUCCCCCCCCCCCCUCCCAAUCCCCUGCCUUCUUACAGGGGACCUUUUUAACGCCCACCGUGGUCCGGUCGGCGUUGCCCGGUUCCCCCCUGCUGUAGGCCCAAUAAAAAUGCCGAAAUCCAC